AUGUCAAUCAUUGGAAAGUUAAAUAGUUUAGCUAAAGAGCAUACUCCUUUUAAAAGAACUAUAUUCACGGAUGAGUUCUUGAAAGAUUGGCAAGGCAAUUCUAGCAAGCUUCUGGAGCGAUAUGAUUCGAUAGAGGAGAGUUCGGAGAAAGAUAAUCUCAUCUAUGACAUAUUCAAUGAGGCUAUGGUAUUCACUAAUAAGGAAUUCAAGGAUCUACUUAAUGAUGAUUAUGGGAUGUUAGGAGAAUUUUUGUCUAAGUUAUGUGAGAAGAAUAGUCAGGCUAAUCCGCGUAUGCUGGCCAAUAUCAUAAAUUACUUCCCUAGGUCUCUAGAAGAUGAUAGCAAUGUCAUUGCGCUUAUUGGAGCGAUACGUGGCGUUGAUUUUGAGUUUUCUGCUAGUUUAGUAGAGAAACUAUUAACCCACAGAUGGACAAAAGAACAAACAUCGUUGUACAAACGAAAUCUCAUAUCAGAAAAAUACCACUUAAAAAAGUAUAAUCUGUUAUUUGAAUGCGCCCCAGGCUUUUCUCAGAUAUGUUCGUUGUUACAUGUGGCAUACUCUGAUAAAGAUAGGUUUCAAUCUCUGAAAUAUUACUGGAAUCAGAUGCAAUUUAUUGCAGGAAAAUAUACCUUGGACCCAAUUCGUGUUUUAGAUGUGGUCCUCAGAAUUUCAUCCAUAUAUAUCCAUAAUCACUAUGAUUUUCUGCUGGACUUAUUGAAAGUUUCCGAUUAUUGGCCUCAUGAAAUCUCAGAUCCGUUUGACUGGAAUAAAUUGAAUUAUGGUGGCAAUGUAGUUGCUUCACGGCUGAUCGCCUACAAAUUAUCUAACGAAAAAUUUGAUCAUAAGUAUAUGGACAUGGUCUGCAUAUUGAUAAAAGAAGGUUUCAUCUCGUAUAUUUCUAUCUUUGAGGCUUUGAGGCCUGAUGAAGAGACAGUGCAAACUUAUGUUGAAGAGUAUUAUGCCGAUUUAGAAAAGCAGUCUUCAGAAGGAGUUUUAAAUCCCUUAGCUAUGGCUGCGGCAUUACCGGAUGAAGAUGAAACCUCUGCACCUGCAGCUAAUGGGGAACAGAAGAGCGAUGGCCAAGUUAAUGUAAAGAAAGAGAAGGAAAGGCAGGAACAGAGAGAGGAAAAGGAAAGGAAGAAUAGACACUAUAGGGUGAAGCGGACUGGGAAGUGGAGAUUAGUAACAAGUUGCCUAAAUCAUGGACUAUUAUUCCCUGCAUUGUAUUCCAUAAAAAAAAAUGAAAAGGUCGCAUUAUCUAUUGACGCCCUGGUAGAGGCGUGUAUUAGAAUAUUUGAUUACAUGAUACAACCAUUAUAUGAACAGGCAAUUAAUGCACCAAAAUGUAACGCUGUUUCUAGAGUCACCAUGAAAAUGUCGAAUAGUGGUUUACCAUCUAAAGAGCCGCGUUUAAUUCAUGAAUAUGUAUCUCCAAAUGUGAGUGAGCGGUUCCUGUUUAAUGUGAAGUAUUCAUUUUAUUAUACUGAGUGGACCGAUAAGUUACCUGUUCUUCACAAUAUUGAAGACUUAUUUCGUUAUUCUCAUCAGAUACUUGGUCUUCUUGGUCCAAGACUGUCGGUGUCUUCAUCUGUAAUUACCAAACUCAAUUCUAUUGCAGUUCAUGAUAUUGAAUCUUCAAAUAACUCCGAAGAUACAAUAGAGAUGUGGAUUAACUAUUUUAGAAAAUUUAUAUUUCCUGCAAUUGCUGCUAUAGAAGACGACUUCGUGCCAAAUUUAUCCGCCUAUGAAUUAAUGAAAAGAUUCCCAUUUGAAAAACGGUACUUUUUGUAUAAUGAAAUGUACACUAAGACAUCAAACGAUAACGUCUUUGUUAGAUUGGCCUUUAAUAAAGUGGGGAAAAGGAUAAAAACUUUAUUAAAAUCCUUAAGUAUUGAUGACAUCGCUGAUAAGGUAAAUGAUGUUUCGAGAAUUGUAUCCAGUAAUCCGCUAGCGGCAUUGGGACCCAUUGUUAAUCAAAUUGAGAAUUAUGAUAAGGUUUCAGAACUUGUUGUGAUUUCAGCAAAUAAGUUUCCUAAAAUUGCUUACGAUAUCUUACAAUAUGUUCUAUUGUUGAAAUUGACUUCAGGCAGAAAUUUAUUACAGAGUGACGGUAUAAAUCAAAACACUUGGAUCCAACGGCUAAGUGUAUUCAUCGCUGGAUUGGCAAAGUCUUGCCCUGAAAUGGAUUUAACGAAUAUAUUGACUUUCUUAGUGAAGAGUUUGCAUAAGAAUCGCAAUGUAUCCUUUCCGGUUCUUAAGGAACUAAUAUCUAAGGUUGGCGGGAUUCAAAAUUUGAAUCACGUAAGUUCUCAACAACUCCAGAUGCUAAAUUCUGGGCCUUCGCUGCAAAAAGUUGCCAGAUCUUUGAUAUUAGACACAAGACAAGAUACAUUUGAAGCUGCACGAGCAAUCACACAAGUCUUUGUGAAAUUAAAUGCUAUUACUGAGUUAAUCGUAAUGCUUUGCAACCUGAAUAUUUCAAAUCAAUCUGAUGAUAUACAUUAUAAAAUAUUGUCUACUAAAUGUGACGAUUCUAAUUCUUUGUUGUGGACACUAAUUGAAAUGUUAAAACAUACACUAUCAUUGGAGGAAUUUGUUUCCAAUGUUUUGCCAUUUUAUGAACUGGUAAAUGACUAUAAUGUACCAAUUGAAUGGAGCUUUCAUAUAUGGAGAGAUUUUUUUGAUGAGAAAAUCCACGAAGGUGAUGAAUCUAUGAAACAAAUUGAUGAAAUUAUUGAAAAAACUGAAUUUAAAUAUGUGUCAUUUGAGAAUUUAAACAAGGAAUUAUUUACUAAUUUCUGGAAAUUGUCGCUUUAUGAUGUGCAGUUUAACAAAGCGUUAUAUGAUAAAACUACAAGCGCUUUAAACUCAAAGUUAAAUGCGGUAAAAUUACAGCGUGAGCGCAAUUCCAUUAUGAACGAUGUACAAGAAGUAAUGUCGAACUGUUUAGCUCAUCAAAGGGCCUUUAAGCAAAUACAAGAACUUUUGCAGGGAAAUAAAGAAAAGUGGCUCCCAGAGUUGAACGCUGAAACAAAUCAAGCAUUCUUUCAGUUCUGUAUUCUACCAAGGACUUUAUUUUCUUCUGCCGACGCAAUUUACAGUGCACUGUUCAUUGUUGAACUUUGUGGUAUUCAGAAUUCUUUCAGUAUCUUCAAAUUUUUUGUUGAUUCUCAUAUCCUUGGUGGUCUUCUGUUCUCCUGUACUGUUACUGAGUCAGCUAAUAUGGGCUUUUUCACUAAUGUUUUACUAAAUACUUUUGAAAAAGCUAGGUCUGAAGGUGUCUUUGAUAACUGCAGCCUUGAGGAGAUCUAUCGAUUACAUUCUAUUAUGAUAGGAGAUUUGACUGGUUUGCUAGCUGAAUCGAAUUACAUGUCAAUUAGGAAUAGUAUUGAAUUUCUCAAUCAAAUUUCACAUAAAUUCCCAGUUGUUGAUGAGCAUAUAAAGGAACUUUGUCAUUCUUUGGAAUAUAAGUUAGUCGGUGAUAAUAGAGAAGAUAUAAGAUUACCCUGUAAUGCUUUAAUUGGUCACCUCAAAAGCCGUCUAAAGAAUGCUUCCCGGAAACAAGAUUUUUAUGAGCUUCCGGAGGAGGAAUUGUUAGAAAUCCGUAAACUUGAUGAAGAACGUAUGCUAAUCAAAAAAUAUCAGGAGUCAUUAGCUCAAGAAGACGAAGCAAAGAAGUUGGAAGAGGAAAGUAAGAUGAAUAUAUUAAAGCCUCUAGAUGAUAGAGUGGAGAGCAGAUAUAUGGCAAAUACAGGUGAAGCUGAUAGUACAGACGCAGAAAAGACGAAACAGCAAUCAGAAGCUGUCUCCUGUCAACUCCAUCAGAUUUUAGAUAACAUGGACCAAGUGCUAAAUCUCCUAAGAACUGAAUCAGCUGAAGAAGCACCAAGAUUUAUUAGAGUCGUUUUCUUCAAAAAUGAAUUUAAGAAAGUUAUCAAUGACUACAAAGGUGACCUUGAAGGUUUUAGGAAAAAUAUUGCUAAUAUUUUGGUUGACUAUUUCUACAGUAUGGUGCAGUGGCCCCAAAGUAAUCCAACAUUUGUCCAGAAGGCCCGGGAUAUUAAGACAGCAUGUUUGAAAUGUAAUGCCCCUAUUAGCAAGGCAACGAAGAUAAAGGUGAUGGCUGAUGACCUAUAUGGCGAAGAUAUAGCGUCCUCCUGGGCAACCAAUCCCAAAGCAGCUAGAACAAAUAGAGAAAGUCGGUUUGCAGGUGCUAAACCAGUACCUAACCUAACUUCUGAUACAAGUACUUCAAACGAGAACAAGUGGAAGACUGAACGAGUGGAAAAAACUGCAAUAGACACUAGAAAUACUUCGAGAUAUGCCGAUGAGGAUACAAAGUCAUCAACACAAACCAAAAAAGAUGACAAGCCAUCCGGUUCCCGUUUCAACAACGGCAAGGUGCCCGUUAAAAAGCCUGUUGAUAAUAAACAAGAUCAAAAGCCAUCCAACAGUCUACGUAACAGAGUCGGUUCCAGAUUCGAAGGUAGGCAAGAAAACAGCACUAGAUUUUCUGGCCCUAGAGCAGACCCUAUAAGAUUCCCCACAGCCCCUGCCCGUCAUGCAGAACCUGUUAACGAAAGUCGAUUUCGAAAUAUGCCCAAAGAACUGUCACGGAAACGAGCUGCUGAAGAUUACAGAUACGGUGAUAGCAAGCGUCAGAGACAGGAAGAUGAUAAUCGAAGAAAACCAACCAAAGAAACUCGUGGAGAACAACACCCAACUGCUAUUCUGAGUCAGAAGAAAGGUGGAUUCAGUAGAUUUCGAUAA